AGGAUCUUGAUGAUCUAAGAAUGGAAGGAGUAACAAGUGUGAUGUCUUCUGGGAGCAAAUUCAAUCAAACUCGAAGUGCUUAUACGGCUGAGCCUCAAGCAAAGGUCACGUUGAAUAUCUGCGCAAGAUGUGCCAGAUUGCAAGGAGAUAAUUUGGCAGAAAGGCCAGAAGAUGUCUCCAUGGUAUCUGAAAUGUCUGAGCCAGCAGUGUCAGACUCUGAUGCUCAGGUACCUGGGGUUGAAACACUUACGGAAGAUGUUCAUGAAUUUCAGAGUGCCUCUCAAGUGGCAGGAUCUUCUCAGACAUUUUGGACCCUGGAUGCCAUGGGUGUCAGACCUGGAGGUUCCCCAAGACAGAAACUCUUAAAGGACUCCUUAGCAGCAAAAGAACUUCAGACCAUGGAGAAACACCUAGCUGAUAUCGAGAAGGACCUAGCGCUAUGGGAGGAAGCAAAGCUCUCAAGAAGCCCUACUAUCCAACAUCAUAGUUUAAUUACAUCUGACCAUCAAGGCAAUCUUCAAGCUACACAGGGCCAAAAUCCGAGGCCUCAGGUGCCAACUCAGACAGGGAAGAAAAUUCAGCUCCAAGGAAACAAGUCACCACCUCUGCCCACUAACAGCAGAACAGAGGUCUCCAGCACUGCAAACAGUAGGCCUCCAACGCCUAGUGCACAAACCAACAGGCCGACAACUCCAUCAGCUCCAGGGAGCAGACCUGUGACCCCAAAUAGCUUGCUCUCUCGGCCUCUUACCCCUAGCAACCAAGGAAAUAGGGAAGGCAUCAUUAGUAUGCAAAGAAGCAGGUCUUUGACAUCUAAGAGCCAAAUGGGGAGGACCCUCAGCGCUGCUUCGGGGCUGUCUGUGCAAAUGAGUGGAGACAUUGUUGGAACUGUCACUACUCAGAGAAGCAGUUUAUCAGAAGAUGAAUUCUUACAACAGCUUCAGCUUCCUCAUCAACCUUGGAUAUUGCUGAGUGACACAGAAAGUGAAGGAGUAGAAGCUGACCAAGACAAAU